CCCACGAGCUGUGCGAGCGGGGCGGCCGAUCCCACGCGGCCAGGGACUUGGGCAGCUUUAUCCACCGCCGCCCCGCGACCCCCGCCCGAGGACUGACCAGCGGGGCCGGGCUGCGCUCGGGUCUGCCCGGAGCCGGGCUUGGGAAAGGGCGAGCGGAGCCGCCGAUGACUUUGCAGCCGGCCGGAGGGGGGGCAGCAGCAGCGGCAGCAGCGGCGGCAUCGCCCACCGGGGCGGGGCGGGGCGGGGGGGUUUUCCGCGUGGAACGUUGAGGGGCCGCUUCGCUUUGUGACGCCGCCGCGGAAAGUUUCCCCACGUUCCAAAGGCGCCUUUGAUCUGCGCCCCCCGCCCGCCCGCCGGGAGAAAGUCAGCCCGGUUGGGACCCCCGCCCACCUCUCGGCUCCGUCCGCCGGGCCGCGCCCCCCCCCGCCUCCUCCGCCUCCUCCUCUUUGCUUCCCAGUCUUGUAUGGCCUGGGUGGUCCUCGCCUGCAGCCAUGGGGAAGAUGCUAUCCAAGAUCUUUGGUAACAAGGAGAUGCGGAUCUUGAUGUUGGGCUUGGACGCCGCCGGCAAAACCACCAUCCUUUACAAGCUGAAGCUGGGCCAGCCCGUCACCACCAUCCCCACCGUGGGGUUCAACGUGGAGACGGUCACCUACAAGAACGUCAAGUUCAACGUGUGGGACGUGGGCGGACAGGACAAGAUCCGUCCCCUCUGGAGACACUACUACACCGGUACCCAAGGGUUGAUCUUCGUGGUGGACUGCGCCGAUCGGGAUCGGAUCGACGAGGGCCGGCAGGAGCUUCAUCGCAUUAUCAAUGACCGCGAGAUGAGGGACGCCAUCAUCCUGGUCUUUGCCAACAAGCAGGACCUGCCGGACGCCAUGAAGCCUCACGAAAUCCAGGAGAAACUGGGGCUCACGCGCAUUCGGGAUAGGAAUUGGUACGUCCAGCCGUCGUGCGCAACGUCGGGGGAAGGACUCUAUGAAGGCUUAAUGUGGCUUACCUCUAACUACAAGUCGUAAUUGCAGAGCCGGAGAGCUGACUCGACAACAGGGCAUGUGCGCCACACCUCCCUAACCGACGAGUUCUUCAAGCUUCCCUUCUCUUCUCGACCCCGCUUUUCUCUUCGACUCUUCCCCCAACUCCUGGCACAGAGGCCUCUCCAUCCAUGGGGAGAAGAUCUGGUUGCUUCGCUCUCUUGGAAGAGGCCUUGAUUUCGAUGGAUGGAAAAAAAUGGAGGGGAGGGGAUCCUUUGGUCCCCACCUUCAUGGAUCCAUAGCUACCUACCUGCACCCCUUUGGGACAUUUGCCCCCUCUCCCAGCCCUCUGAACUCAGGUGUCUUCCGAAUGAGUCACGUCUUAAGCCAAAGGGAAGACCCUCGUGAAAGAGAGUUGGCUGGGACCAAGUCCAGGAGCUCUGUGUUGACUUGGGGGGUGGUUUCCCUUCCUCCUCACCCCCGGCCCACCUUUUAAAGGUGCGGGGAAGCUUGGCCCUUCCAAGGAACUUGAUUUUGCGCUGCCGUGGCCUCUUGGAAGCCAUCUCUUCCCGCCUGGGCGCCUACAAGGUUGGCAGAGAGUCGAGCCACCGAGCUCAGAAAGGUGCUGCGUUGGCAGGCCGAGCUUGGCGGGGAUGGGAACUCUUUGUUGGAACAGUUUCCUUCCUCUUGGUGUUGCUUCUUCCAGUAUGUCUGCCCGGGAACGCCCUUGUCUCGCGGCUCGCCUCUCUUCUGACCUGUUCCACCUGCUUGGAAGGCGACGAGGACAGGCAUGCCUAAGCGCCCGACCAAACCCGUUUGCCCAGGAGGGAGUAGAGUGGAAGCCGCCGUUCUGUGGAGGCUGUCUUGUCCCCAGGAUUCCCGGCCUACAGAUCUGGCAAGGGUUCCUCCCUGUAAACCCGGGGACGUUCCCAACUCAAGAAGGACCACAACGGGGUGUGUGUGUGUGUGUGUGAGUGUCCGUCACAUUCCUCGACCGGCUCCAUUUACGAAUCCAAACUCUGUUCUUCUGUCGACGAUGAGAACCUCCCUCCCGAUCUCCCAACCUUCCUGGGGUGGCCAUCUUUGGACUACAAAGCCUAUAAAGGCCAACCAGUUUCCGCAGUACGACGGGGCUCAAAACCUGGUGAAUGGGAGCCAAGGCCCCUCCUUGGAAAUUUACCUCUCUUUGCUCAUAUAUGUGUGUGUGUGUGGGGAGGCUAUGUAUUCACAUGCCCUCCAGCUGUGAUACGGGACAUUAGUUCUUGAGAACAAAAUGUGCUUUUAUCAUUCAGAUCCAAGCGGUGGGUAUAAAUCCUCCUUUUUAAAAAAAUAAUAAUAUUGUACUGAUAUGAUUAAUGGGGGCCGGGGGGCAGAGAUCUCAUUUCCAGCACCUUAGAUUGUGUGGCCUUCAGUACGGAUCAGUGGUUGGUUGGUUGUUUUUUCCAAUCGCGGGUGGACUUCAACUCCCAGAAUUCCGGGAGGUUCUGGGAAUCCUGGGAGUUGAAGUCCACCCAUUUUAAAGGCCCCCACGGUUGAGAUAUACUGGCAUAGACCAAAGAGGAGGUGUUCCCCAGGAAGCUCUAAGGAUGGUGGGGUGGAGUGGGCAUAUAAGUCCCCCUCCCUCUGAUUUCAAC